CCAGUUAAAAUGGCAUAUCGUGUUCUGACGACAGCCAAAAAGCUUGAAUCCGUACUUAUCGGGCUGAACCGACCACCGCACCGUACCGUGAACGGGCCGGACUGUGAACAGAUUAUUCGUAGCCUCAGCUACCUACAGUCGCGUAGCAACAAAACAUGGAACGAAUUCAUCCACCGGAUACAGGUGUUCUGUGAGAAGCCACCGAAAGGGUUCGAAAAGUACUACAAACCACCCGGUGCUGCUGCCAGUGCCGGUCAGCAGCAGAAGGGUAAGGUUGGCGAAAGCGCCCCCGGUGGCAAAGAGGACACAGCGGCCAGCCAACAGUCCAGCAGCAGUUCUUCUCAGUCAACGGCAUCGCAGCCGGAUGCAUCGUCUCGAAAGAAUGAUUGGAAUUUAGGCAUGUUUUCGCCCCAACCGGCACGCGGGAAGGGUGGUUCCAGUGGGGGAGGCGGUUCCGGGCGUCCGAUCGGUGGAGGCGAAGAUGGCGAUAAGGAGAAAAUGUUGAUCUUUGGUGCGUUGGCUAGUGUGGCACUAAUAUCGGCCAUAGCUUUCUUCGAGAUGGGCUACAAAGAAAUAGCGUGGAAGGAAUUUGUGAACAACUACCUCGCCCGUGGCAUCGUUGACAAGCUGGAAGUGGUUAACAAAAAAUGGGUCCGCGUUAAGCUAACACCCGGCAAUGCUACAGACUCAUCGGGCGUUCUCUGGUUUAAUAUUGGCAGCGUAGAUUCGUUCGAGCGCAAUCUAGAGAAUGUGCAAACGGACAUGAACAUCGAGCCGGUUAACUUUGUCCCGGUGAUUUAUCGCAGCGAGCUGGAAGCUUCGAGUUUGACCGGGCUGCUGCCGACACUGCUCAUUAUCGGCUUUCUCGUGUACAUGAUGCGUCGGUCGUCAGAGAUGAUGGGCGGCGGGCGGGGUGGACGUCGUGGUGGAGGUCUGUUUGGUGGUGUCAUGCAAUCGACCGCCAAGUUAAUUAAUGCUAAUGAAAUCAACGUCGGUUUCAAGGAUGUGGCCGGCUGCGAGGAAGCCAAGAUCGAAAUCAUGGAGUUUGUGAACUUCCUCAAAAACCCGCAACAGUAUAUCGAUCUGGGUGCAAAAAUCCCCAAAGGAGCAAUGCUGACCGGUCCACCGGGCACGGGCAAAACGUUACUCGCGAAGGCAACCGCCGGGGAAGCGAACGUCCCAUUCAUCACCGUGUCGGGUUCGGAGUUUUUGGAAAUGUUUGUCGGUGUCGGUCCGUCCCGUGUGCGCGAUAUGUUUGCAAUGGCAAGAAAGAAUGCACCGUGCAUACUGUUUAUCGAUGAAAUUGAUGCUGUUGGGCGUAAGCGUGGCGGUAAAAGCUUCGGUGGCCAUUCGGAGCAGGAAAAUACGCUCAAUCAGCUGCUGGUGGAGAUGGAUGGGUUUAACACAACGACAAACGUGGUGGUGCUGGCCGCCACCAAUCGGGUGGACAUACUCGACAAGGCACUGUUGCGACCGGGACGGUUCGAUCGACAGAUUUACGUACCAGCGCCCGAUAUUAAGGGACGUGCAUCUAUUUUCAAAGUGCAUUUGGGACCGCUCAAGACCGACCUGGACAAGUUGGAUUUGGCUCGCAAAAUGGCUGCACUUACGCCAGGCUUUACCGGUGCUGAUAUUGCGAACGUGUGUAACGAAGCGGCCCUGAUUGCGGCCCGUGAUUUGAACGAGUCUAUCAUUAUGAAACACUUUGAGCAAGCGAUCGAACGUGUUAUUGCCGGUAUGGAGAAGAAAACGAAUGUCCUGUCGCCGGAGGAAAAGCGUACGGUGGCGUACCAUGAGGCUGGCCAUGCGGUUUGCGGUUGGUUCCUGGAGCAUUCCGAUCCACUGCUGAAGGUUUCAAUUAUCCCCCGCGGUAAGGGUCUUGGGUAUGCACAGUAUCUGCCGAAAGAUCAGUACCUGCUGACGACGGAACAACUGUACGAUCGUAUGUGCAUGACGCUCGGUGGCCGUGUGUCGGAGGAAAUUUUCUUCGAGCGCAUCACGACCGGUGCGCAGGACGAUCUCAAGAAAAUUACCGACAGUGCGUACGCACAAAUCACGCGCUUUGGCAUGAACAAAAAGGUUGGCAACGUGAGCUUCGACAGUUCGCAACCGGGCGAUCCAAUGUUCACGAAACCGUACUCCGAGCAAACCGCACAGAUUAUCGACGAAGAGGUACGGGCACUGAUCGAUCGGGCGUACGUGCGAACGAAAGAGCUGCUGACGAAGCAUCGGGCCGAUGUGGAGAAGGUGGCGGAACGGUUGCUAAAGAACGAGAUCCUUAGCCGGGACGAUAUGAUCGAACUGCUUGGCAAACGUCCAUUCCCGGAGAAGUCGACGUACGAGGAGUUUGUGGAGGGUACGGGUUCGUUCGAGGAGGACACGACACUACCGGACGGGUUGGCCAGCUGGAACAAAGAGAAAGCACAGGACAAGGAGACGAGUGUGAAGGGCGACGAUGAGGGUAAGGUGAAGGCGUAAGUGG